AUGCCUAUUCGCCUCCCCAACCGCACGUCCUUCACGCCCCAAACCACCGUCCGAUCGAUCUGGGAAUCUCUCCAUCUCCCACCCUCGGCCCUCUCAUCCCUCUCCCUAUCCUGCGACCCCGAUCACGACCGCUUCUUCCCAUCCUCCUACAAACUCGACCAUCUCGCGCAGGCCUCCACCGCACUCGCCACCCUUGCCGGCGCCCUCCUCUACUCCACACGCGCGCGCCUCCCACAGCCUCCCAGCGUCACCAUCUCCGCCCGCGGCGCUGCCCUCUCGUUUGUCUCUGAGCGGCUCUACACGCUCUCCUCGCAGCCGCCGCCGUCCUCGUGGGGCGUGAUAUCCGGCCUGUACCUCACGCGCGAUGGCGGCUACGUGCGCGUCCACGACGCGUUGAUCAAUCACCGUCGUGCCAUUGCCGAAAUCCUAGGCGUCGAUAUGACGCCGGACGGCAUGGUGAGUCGCGAGCGCGUGGCUCAGGUCAUUCGGGAGGGUUGGGAUGCGGAGGAGCUGGAGAGAGCGGCGUUGCAGGGCGAUGCGGUGGUGGUGAAGCUGAGGCGGAUGGGCCAGUGGGAAGCCUGGCCGGCGGGCGACGAGCCCGUCCAUAUCAACAGGUUUGCGGUUCCGGACGCUGCGACUGUCGGAGAUGGCGGCGCGGGGAUGGCAGGCCAUUUUGGAAAUUACACGGAUGCCCUGGAUCCUGGCACGCAGCCAAGGCCGCUGAAGGGAUUACGGGUGCUGGAGCUAAGUCGAGUCAUCGCCGCUCCAGUCGCUGGAAGGACUCUGGCCGCUCUGGGGGCAGAUGUCCUGUGGGUUACGGCCCCGGAUCUCCCUGCUCUCCCCGCUCUGGAUAUCGACCUCGGUCGCGGCAAGCGCACAAUCCAGCUGGAUUUCCGCCGGCCGGACGACAAGCAGACGCUCCUCGAUCUCGUCCGGGGCGCUGAUGUCUUGAUCCAAAGCUAUCGACCGGGCAGUCUGGCAAAAUACGGGCUUGGGCCAGAGGAUCUCGCGGCCGUGAAUCCGGGGCUUGUGUACGCCAACAUGUCCGCUUACGACGAGCGUCCGCAGGAGUCGAACGAGUCGCGGCCAUGGGCCGGCUACAGGGGCUUUGACUCGCUGGUGCAGACGUGUUCUGGAAUGAACGUUUCCGAGGCAGAGCACUUCCUCGCGUCGUCGCCGGGCCGUGGGAACGAGAGCACGGCUGACACCACCACCCCUGCUCGCGUCCUGCCCUGUCAGGCUCUCGACCACGGCGCGGGAUACCUCCUGGCGACCGGGGUCCUUGCCGCCGUCUACCAGCGGGAUUUCGUCAUCGGCGGGUUUGGCUCCUACGCGGUCGACGUCUCUCUCGCCGGCGUCGCGAAAUAUCUCCAAUCCCUGGGGCAGUAUCCCGCAGACUCAGGAUUCGCCGUUGCAGAUGCAAUCCCAAAGGAGUAUCCGCUGCCCAGUGACGGUGGCGGCUGGAGCGAAGACCACUGGGAGACCAGGCAGAGCGGUUUUGGCGAAUUGAGAGGCGUCAAGUACCCUGGGUCUAUCGACGGAGGUCGAAUUGCUUGGGAUGUGAUGCCAAAGAGGCUGGGGAGUGAUUAUCCGGAAUGGAUGGCUUGA